GGAUUCAGUCGUUAAAGCGAACUUCAUAUUUGUUUGUGGAUCUUCUCUUGCCUUUAAAAACCACGAACUCAAGCUACUAUGAAACAUCUAAGACUUCUGCCUCUGCUUUUGACUUUGUGGGCAGUUUCUUACGCCGAUGACACGAGCAAUGGGCUGAAGAUCAGUACUACUAAACAACCCGCACUCAAGAACAAUUCCAGCAUCAGCAACAGUACCGAAAAGUCCGAUAAAAACAUCACCACCACUACCAACAACACCAGCAAAAUGGGCUUCGAUGUGAACGGCGCGAUGAUUAACCGGGCUCUAUAUGUUCUUAUCGGGAUCACGGCCAUCGGAGUUCUGUAUUUCUUAGUGAGAGCGGUCCGUCUGAAAAAAAAGGGUGUUCAGAGGAAGAAAUACGGGCUCCUUUCAAACUAUGACGACACAAUGGAGAUGGCCCACCUGGAAAGCGAUGAGGACGAUAACACUGUUUAUGAAGCCAAAUCUUUGAGAAGGUAG